UGCCUUCCAAACUUUCUCGUUCUUUCCCUCCCCGGCAAGGCUUGUCAACGGCCGGAUUCCUUUCUAUUUUUAUUUUUUCUUUUCCUCCAUCUUUUCUUCUUUCUCUCGAGGUGGAUUCUAGAUGGGAUGGAUUUUGAUCAUCGUUUCAAUUUUGGUGGUCUGGGUAGCUUCUCUUUGCAAGAUUUUCCUUGCUCCCUCUUCCCACUCUAAACCCACAUUUUUGGAUGAUGGUCCAGCUUUUCGCAAGAGAAAUGUCUUGCUCGUUGUUGCUCACCCUGAUGAUGAGUCCAUGUUCUUUUCACCAACCAUAAGCUACCUGACUUCAAGAGGGCACAAUCUAUACCUACUAUGCUUGUCUGUUGGUAAUGCAGAUGGCAUUGGAAGCAUUAGAAAAGACGAGCUCUAUCGUGCUUGUGCAGUCCACAAGGUUCAACUUCAACAAGUGAAGGUUUUUGACCACCCUGAUUUGCAGGAUGGUUUUGGCCAUGUCUGGAACCAUGAUUUAUUGGCAAAGAUCAUUGAAGAGGAGGCCUACAGUCAUGGCAUUGACGUGCUUAUUACAUUUGAUAGCUAUGGUGUUUCUGGUCAUUGCAACCAUGGUGAUGUGCAUUAUGGGGUACGCAAGUUCUUGCAUGAUUCUUCACCAAGAAAUAUCGAAGCCUGGGAACUUGUGAGCAUCAACAUAUUGCGCAAGUAUAGUGGACCACUUGAUAUUUGGUUGUCAAAUUUAGAUUCCAUGCGACAUCCAAGGGGUGUAAUGCAUUGCUUGCUUAAUGAGCAUCUGCGGAAGAGCUUCCUUGCAAUGGCACAACACUCAAGCCAAUGGGUUUGGUUCCGCAAGCUUUUUGUUUCUUUUUCCAGUUAUACUUAUGUUAAUACUCUUAGAAAGAUGAAGUGAUUAUAGAUGGCCUUGAAGGACAAAGCUGCUUGGAGAUUUGUGCCUGUUCAUAUUUGAGGUAUUAACUAGAGUGAGCUUGGAUGAGGGGUGGUGAAUUUUUCCUACUACAAUAGUCCAAACGCAAACUUUGGGUUGCAAUUACUUUUUAUUCCUCCAUCACAAACGUUGGCUCUAUUCCUAUGCUGGUAUCAAAUAAGGAAUUUAUCCUAAGCAGUGAUGUUUGGAUGGAUAUGGGGAGGCAGCCACUCUACUAGCUCUAGUUAAUAGGCUUAUUUGUAUUUGAUUGUUUAUUUCUAGUGCAGGAACCUCUUAACAUCUUAGUCGAUUGUUUUAGACUAUAAUUCUAUCAUAAAAUGUGGAUUUAUGUUGUUCUAAAAGAUAUGGUACCUGACCUUCUCCAUGUCAAACUCGUAAUAUAUUUGUGGAUUUUUGACUGCCA